AUGAAAAGAGAUAAGGCAGCAGCCUCUUCUCUUCCAACGGUACAUGAACACGUCAUCAUAUUCACAGAUUCACGACCCAAAAACCCUCUAAAGCCGACAGCAGAGCAGUUCUUGAAUCCCGAUUGCCUCGACAAUGGCGACCUCGCUCCAGAACUCCCCUGCAUCACUGCACAGAGCCCUCUCCUCCAGUGCUUCACCUCAUCAGGGGCCUGCUCCUUUUCUCGGCCACGGGCGGAAGAGGGCUGUUCAAUUUCAAGCCAAGGCUGCUGCUUCGGAAGCUUUGCCGUCCCUUGAGCACGGUGUGAAAUGCGAAGCGAACCCCCUAAGCAAUUGCCGUAAAACCCUCCGUGGACUUUUGGAGAGUUGCGAGAGAACUGGGAGGCGCCAAGCAUUUAUAUCUGGAGCAAUUGCUACUUGUGUAUCUAUCUUUCCGUUCAAUUCGAAAGCGUUUGCAGCAGAGGGAAAGAAAGGAUUUCAAGUUGUCUUAGACAAGAAGGAUGGAUACUCAUUUCUCUACCCCUUCGGUUGGCAGGAAGUUUUCAUCCAAGGACAAGAUAAAGUAUUUAAAGAUGUUAUCGAGCCCUUAGAAAGUGUUAGUGUUAACAUGAUUGAGACUAAAAAGAAAGAUAUCCGAGACCUGGGAUCUCCACAGGAGGUUGCUGAAGCAUUGAUAAAGAAAGUACUGGCACCUUCUACCCAGAAAACAAAGUUGGUUGAGGCAUCAGAGCAUGAAGUUGAUGGAAAAUCUUAUUACUCUUUCGAGUUUAUUGCUCAGGCUCCAAACUUCACUAGACAUGCGCUUAGCACAAUCUGCAUCGCGAAUGGCAAGUUCUACACAUUGACAACAGGAGCUAACGAAAGACGGUGGGGGAAGAUGAAAGAUAAAUUGCACACUGUCAUCGAUUCCUUCAAAGUAUCUGCUUGAGCUUUCUCGCAGUACUCCAUAACAGAGUCGAAUGAAUCAUGCUUGUAAUCUCGCACAUGAUAAGUUUUUCUUCUUUGUUCAAUAUGUAACUAAGUGGAUAAGUUUUUGGCUAUGUUAAAAACAUUCUUUUUUCAUACUAUUUGUAAAAUACUUCAUUCAAGUAAAUGCUUACCUCUCUUGCUGAUA